CUUUUCCAUGGCCGCCGGGAAAUUCCUUCCGCCGGUGGAGCUAACCACAAGCGGCCGACCGGUCCUCCUCCCGAACGAAAUCGAAUGCUCUCUCCUCUCCUCUGUCGACCUCGAAUCCGAUGAACUUCCAGCUUUCCCUCUUCUCAAAUCCGGUCUUCUCAUCCUCACCACCCACCGCCUCAUAUGGAUUCCUGAAUCCUCGUCCACCACCACCACCGCCGCCUCUGCCAUCCCACUCUCCGCCAUUACCCAUAUCUUCUCCCCCAAGAAGUCCCUCCGCUCCAUGUUCGCCUCCCCAAGGUUCCGCUUCCAGCUCUCCGUAUCCUCCGAUGGCCGCGGAGUCGGUUCGGGUCCGGGUUCGAGAUCGGUGGUGGUCACCGUCGUGGUGAGGGGGAAGGGGGACUCCGACGCGUUCUAUGGGAAGUUCUGGGAGAGUUGGAGGGCGAGGGUGUGGGAGAGUGAUGUUGUGGUUUCGAGCUCCAGUUCGAAUUCUCAGUUGGUUUCCGGGUCUGGGUCGGGUUCGGAUUCUGGUGGGUUGUAUACGAGUCAAGGGACGUUGAGGAUGGCCGGAGUUUCGGGGAUACUGAGGAAGGAGCAGGAGAUGUGGGAGAGUACUGAUAAGAGUUUGCAAGAUGCUUUCCAGGAUUUGAAUGCUCUCAUGAGUAAGGCUAAAGAGAUGGUGGUGCUGGCAGAGAAAAUGAGACUGAAACUCUUAUCUGGCACAAAUUCUCAAACUGGUGCAACAGCUGAUGAGGAAAUGGGCUCUAAACAAGAGAUGCAAGAUUGGUUGCUGAGUGUUGGUAUUGCAUCGCCUGUUACCAAAGAGACUGCUGGUGCUCUAUACCACCAACAAUUAUCCCGUCAGUUGGCAGAUUUUGUCAGAAUUCCACUUGAGAAAGCUGGAGGAGUGAUUAAUCUUAUUGAUGUCUAUUGUGUCUUCAACCGUGCUAGAGGCACAGAAUUGAUCUCUCCAGAGGAUUUGCUGCAAGCGUGUUCCCUUUGGGAGAAGUUUGAUGUACCAGUAAUGCUUCGAAAAUUUGAUAGUGGAGUCAUGGUCAUCCAGAAUAAGUCCCAUAGUGAUGAAGAGGUCUUUGCUAGAAUCAAGACCCUUGUAACAAAGCCUGACACUCUUCGAUCUGGGAUAAGUGCCAGUGAUGCAGCAAUGACAUUAGGGAUUGCACCUGCAAUGGCCAAAGAGCAUCUUCUUACUGCUGAAAGCAAAGGUAUACUGUGCAGAGAUAUAAGUCCUGAUGGGUUUCGCUUUUUUAUAAACCUCUUUCCUGAGAUUGAUCCCAAUGGCGUGUACUCAGUGAAGGAGUAUGGGAUUUAUGCUACAUGGAUUAAAGCAACUUCUGCAUCGAGAUGAUAUUGGCAUUAUCUGUUAAUAACUUUUCGUACUGCAUAAUGAGAAGAACUAAAGAUAAAAUCAUGUUCAACUAAUGGAUGUCAAGAAAGAAACUGAAGUUUCACGGCCAGUUCACAAUAAUAUACCAUUUCUAUUUCUCUUUGAAAUGACCACUUUUCUUCUAGAUUGGGGUGAUUCCAGACACUCAAGGUUGGGUCGAUUUUAAAAAGACUCUCCGAAGGCAGUGGAUUCUACUACACUAAUCUUGCUUUUCAGGACUGUUCUUUUUUCUUUUCUUUUUUUUUUUUUUGUUUUUUUGUUUUUUUUUUGUUUUUUGUUUUUUGUUUCAUCUUCUUCUUCUUCUUCUUCAUUGUCAAUUUUGCCUAUUGCUUCUCAAUUUUCGUAUUGUUACUGUGUGAAAGCCUGCAAAUAUGAAAGAUGUGAAGCCAGGGUUGACUGUACUUUGGUCUUGUAAAGUUGUAAUUUUUAUGUCGUGCCAAUUUAGACCUUAAAAUACAAUUUCUUAUAAUUGAGAUCUUCAAUUUACAUUUUA